AUGGGUGAUGAUCAGGUGUUUGAAGCGAUGGAACCAAUGGAUUUUGACAAGCACCCAUCAGGAAUCGUCCCAAUUAUUCAGAAUAUUGUUUCGUCUGUCAAUUUGGAUUGUAAGUUGAAUCUUCGAGAAAUAGCACAGAAAGCGCGCAACACGGAAUAUAAUCCUAACCGUUUUACGGCAGUGAUGAUGAGGAUCAAAGAACCCAAAACAACAGCAUUGAUUUUCGCUUCCGGGAAGAUGAUUUGCACAGGGGCCAAAACCGAGCAACAAUCCAAACUUGCCGCCAAGAAGUAUGCCCGAAUCAUCAAAAAGCUCGGUUUCCCAGCAAAAUUCAAGAAUUUCAAAAUUCAAAACAUCGUGGGUUCUUGCGAUGUCAAGUUCGGAAUCAGACUUGAGUUGUUGGCAGUGAGUACCCACGGAGUCUUUGCAAGCUAUGAACCAGAACUAUUUCCAGGCCUGAUAUACAGAAUGAAGAGUCCCAAGACUGUGCUUCUGGUUUUUGCAUCCGGAAAGAUAGUCAUCGCAGGAGCAAAGGUAAAAGAUGAUGUUUAUGCAGCUUUUGAGAACUUAUUCCCUGUGCUCACUCAAUACAGGAGAAAGUAG